UCUUGCCGAUAGUCGCCGAAGCAGAUAUAAUACGAUGCGUCAGUUGUACAUAGAAAUAUUUACCUUGUAGUUCGUGUCAAGUGUGUAUCUGCUAAGUAUCCGAGUUUGACAUCUCGUAAAAAUGGGUCUUUUUGGACGAUCGCAAGAGAAAAAUCCUAAAGACAUGGUAAACGAAUGGACGCACAAAUUACGAAAAGAAGGUUAUCAGAUAGAUCGACAGGUUAGAGCAAUACAAAGGGAGGAGGAAAAAGUUAAGAGAUCCAUGAAAGAUGCAGCUAAAAAAGGAGACAAAGAUGUUUGUAAAGUUUUAGCAAAAGAAAUCAUCAGAGCAAGAACUGCUUGCAAUAAAUUGCAUACAUCUAAAGCUCAUUUAAAUUCCGUUACUUUACAAAUGAAAAAUCAAUUAGCUACAAUUAGAGUAGCAGGCUCUGUUUCUAAAUCCACUGAAGUUAUGCAAGCGAUGCAAGCACUGAUUAAAGUACCAGAGGUAGCUGCAACAAUGAGAGAACUUUCCAAAGAAAUGAUGAAGGCUGGUAUCAUUGAAGAAAUGAUGGAUGAAACUUUGUCUUCUAUUGAAGACUCAGAGGAAAUGGAAGAAGCAGCAGAUGAAGAAGUUGAUAAGAUUCUGUGGGAGGUUACUGCUGGACAAAUGGGGCGUGCACCAGAUGUUGUUACUGAUACUCUUGGAGCAUCUACAUCCAAAGAGGAAGCUGAAGAAGUUGAUGAUGAUAAAGAGCUUGAAGAAAUGAAAAAUAGGUUACAAAGUCUUCGUAGUUAAAUUCUAAAACAAAAAUUGAUCCAAACAGUUUUUUUUUAUGCUCUGAUUUACUUAAAGAUGCAACUUUUAUUUCUAUUUUGAUAGCUAAUAAGUCUCAUAAAUAAUAAGGAUAGCUGUGAAAAAAUUUCACCUGCACUAAAGUAUUAAAUACUAAAGUUGUUAAAACGUCAUCUUAAUUUAACUCAGAAGCAUACUUCACAGCCCUGUUUGGAUUUUUCAGUGUAAAACAUGAAAAUAUUAAAAAUGCAGCUGCAUAUUUAUAUCCAUAUAUAAUUCAAUAUUAUACUAAAGUAAUUACAUAUUGAGUCUUUGAUGUCUUUUUAUAUUCAUAAUUUUCAAUUAAAGCAGCAAAACAUAAAUUUAUACAAUAGCUUUUGCAACUACUUCAUUAAUUGCGAGAAUCUACUCUGCAGUGACAGAUGAGUUUUACUCACAAAUGUAAAUAUUGUACAUGUAUACUCGCUUUUUAAGUACACAUAAAACAUAAUGUAUAGGAAAGAUUUAUUCAAAGAUUAAUUUUUAAUAUAUUUUCAAUUGGAAAAUUGAAAGAAAUGUAAUUUUUAUGAAUAUUUC